GUGUCAUCUCUCGCUCUCUCUUGUGUUCCGUGAUGGUGGCAGUGUGUGUACAUAUAAAGAAAAUGUUUCGAAAACCCAUCAAAGUCAAGUCAAACACCCAAAUGAAGGGAUCCGAUCGCAAAACCAUAAGGGAGAGAUUCCUUCAGACGUUUCCUAACCUCACCGAAGUAGACUUGGAGUUGGUGAUUCCGAAGAAAGAAACAGUCAGUGCAAUUAAAAUAGUGACGGAAGGGAACGAAGUAGUUAAUGUUUACUCAGUCCAGAGGUGCCCCUUUGCGUUCGAAAUCCAGGGCGUCAUCUUCCCGACCGUUUUCACGCUUUGGAAGCUCCCACUGAUGCUACAGGCGUUCACCACGCAUUCAGACGUCGUCCAGUUCCUCUACGGCGGCGCCGAUUUAAUGCUGCCAGGGGUGGUGACGCCCCCCGGGGCCAAAUACGGGAAUUUGCCACGGGGGGCGAUGGCUUACGUGAACGUCACCGAGGACAUAGCCGCCGUCGCUGUGGGGGUCACUGCCCAAAGUUCCUCCGAAAUGUUGGCGUCGGGGAAACGCGGGAAAUGUCUACUCAUUUAUCACACCUAUGGCGAUAACUUGUGCUCAGUUGAAGGCCCAAAAUAUCCGCGCUUGCCGGUGCUGGGGCCCCCUGAAUGGAUGGUCUUCACCGAGCGCGAUUUCCCCGCCUUGGGGGCCCCCCAGCUUGAGCCAAGCGGUGACAAUUCGCCCGAGGAGAUUGAAGAACCUGGCCCACCACCAGGCCCAGAAGACAUGGAUCAGCUCCUAACUUACUGCUUCUUUGUGGCGAUUAAAUACUCAAAAACGCUGAAUCUCCCGAUCUUGACUUCGAAUUUUUUCAAGCUGCAAAUGAUGCCCGUCUGCCCUGACGGCAAAACCCUGGAUAUUAAGAAAAGUACGUACAAGAAGCUCAAACCAUUCUUGGACGCCAUGCAAAAGGACGGGUUAAUUACGAUUAAAGAGGCCAAGAAAGGGGUAGAGUCAAUCACUGCCAUCAACAAAGAGCAUCCGAAGUUUGCCGAGUUUUACGUCGACCCCUCACUCAGGCCCAGAAGACAAGAGGAUGAGUCCUACGUCCCCACCAGUGUUACCGAGUCGUACAUUAUAACGCCAGCAGUCGCACCUUUGUUUGAGGACUCGGUGCUACGGUAUGAUUCUAAGAUCGGAACUUUUAAUAAGGGGGACGUAGUCCAAAUGAGCGCGAUUAGAAAACAAGUCUGUGAAUACGUCAAGAAGAACCACUGCGACAAUGAGGAGAAUAAAAAGCUGGUUAAGCCCAAAGAAGCGCUCGUGAAGAUUUGUAAGACUGAAAGUUGCAUCACUUGGGAGGAACUGAUGGAGAAAGUGUGCGAAGCAAUGAAGUCGUGCUAUAAAGUAUCCAACGCAAAUACAGAGUUCGUCAAUAAGGGAAAAGUCUCACCGAUAACUCUCACGGUUUCCCAACGCUCGGGAAACAAAAAAGUGACUCUAGUCAACAACUUGGAAUUAUUCGGUAUACAACCCACCGAAUUUGCGAAAGAAUGCCAAAUUGGCGUAGGUGCUAGCACUAGCGUUACUAGACCCUUGGGCAGAAAGGGUGACGAAGUGUUGGUACAAGGAAAUCAAGUAUUAUUCGUCCACAACUUACUGACAGGCAAGUACAAGGUGCCACCAAAGUACAUCAGAGGCCUGGAGUACGCACCGAAGCGGAAAUGAACUGCUGUAUUUUAUACGUUUAUACAAAGAAUUUAAAUUUGUGUUCCUUUUUAUUGAAUUAAAGUUUAUUUUCAUUC